GGGUUGCCGUUAAAUCUGUCUGUCACCAGGAAAUUCAGGAGUUCCAUGAACACGGACACGGCAGCUUAUGACUUAAGGUCAACUGGUUGGCUAUAUCAACACAAGCAAGUCUUACGAUAAAAAAUGAACAGUACUGACUGUUACCCAGUGGAUGAUAACAUGACAAAAGUCUUCCUCCCUGUCAUGUAUGGGAUUAUCUUUGCAGUGGGGCUGUUAGGUAACCUGACGUCUAUCAUCAUCUACGUGGUCAGGUUACGCCCGUGGAAGAUCAACAGCGUUAUCAUGGUGAACCUCGCCCUGGCAGACCUCCAGUAUGUCCUGAGUCUGCCAUUCCUAGUCCACUAUUACAUCACUGAAGACUGGAGCUUCAGUGACGCCAUGUGUCGCGCUGUACGCUUCGGCUUCCACUUCAACCUGUACUGCAGCAUCCUCUUCCUCGCUUGCCUCAGUGUCUGCCGUUACGUGGUGGUGGUUCACCCGCUGAGGGCCGUCCAGAUGCAAAGGAAGCGUUGGGCUGUGGUGGUUUGCCUGGCUGUCUGGCUCAUCGCUCUGUUAGAGGUAACCCCCAUGGUGUUCAUGUUGACUGUGGAGAAGACCGCGAACAACAUCACGUCAUGCAUUGAUUUUGCAAGUAACGAUCCUCAAGAUGUGUGGGUCUACAGCUGGCUACUCACAGUCGUGGGCUACUUACUCCCCCUAGUGGUGGUGUGCCUGAGCUACAUUCAAGCUGCACGUGAACUGUCCACCGGGCCCCUCGAGGGCCGUAUUUCCCGGGUGCGUGCCCGCAAGCUGUCUGUGCUAAUUCUGGUGGUAUUUGUGCUGUGCUUCACACCCUACCACAUCCUCCGUGCCCUGAGGGUGUACACACAGAUUGAAAUCCCACAUCCAUUGCCCUGCGUAAUGAGGAGGGGUGUAUACGUAGCAUACACCAUAUCUAGACCUUUGGCCGGGCUUAACACUUUCUUCAACCUGGCUUUGUACACACUGGCUGGAGACAAGUUCCACCGGGAGCUCCUUAACCUCCUCCGCUGGAGACCCAAGUUUCUCAAGUUUUUCAGGACUAAGAAAUUCCUCAUGGUGGAAGUAGUCAGUCAACCUGGCAGCGGAAUCUCACUGACUAACCUGAUGAAGAUCUAAGAUUGUUCUGUUUGAGCCAGUCAGGUCAUCUUCGACUGGCAUUCUGCUGCCAUUUGAACGCCGCUCACAGCUCACAAUGCCGUUGGCGU